CUACUGCUCCGUUCACAACGCGAGACUUAGCCGAGGGCCCUUCUCUCUUUAGCGCCAGUCUGCUCUCCCAAUGAAAAGCAAUGAGCGAGCGCCGGCUUCUGUUCGUCGCCCUAACGCUAUCAGAACGGCCGAGUGUACUGGAGUGCAGUAAAGGGUUCUCUUGUCACAACGAAACAAGCAAGCGCUACCAGCUAAUGAAGAGGAGGUCUUCACGGAGCGGCGAGUUUGCCCUUAUACCGACCGCGCAGCCUCCUCAGGUAAAUCCGCUCUCGGAAACGGAGGGACAGCUUUGUGCCCGCGGAGGAAGCCAAACGUCAUUCACUCGACGCACUUGGCGGUGAUUUGUGUAGCUUUGACUCCCCGCCUCGAGCUUGGCAAAAGCGGGAAGGGAAAGCCCGUGGACCAUUGUAGCGUACCGGUACAUGUGUUAGAGCACCAUCACAGGUGAGAAGCAGCGGGCGCGUGUGUUAUUGCGUUUGUAUGUGUGUGGCCGGCAGUGAGCACAAGCAGCAAGCAGCAAGUGGUGUGCUUUGUUUUCUCCCAACAGCCUAGCUUUGUCGACCGUUGUAAUAACAGUCACCUGGCCGCUUACCUUGUUACUGCAGCUCUGUCGUUCGGAGUCAAGGAUGUUGUACAAUCGUGACACCUCUUUCCCAUCGAUUAUCUCACCUGAGGUCCUUCUGUGACUACCGUCGCCCACUACCGCCAGCGUUACGAUGGAUACUUGACUGUAUACUUAUAGAUAACUAACAGAAUCAGUCUGCGUUUUCCUCUUUCGAGUGACGAUAAAAUCAGAAGGAACGAAGAAGAGGGGGGUGGGCAAACCGCAAUCUAUCACAAAGUAAUACUUGAGUUGUUUUAAGAGGAAAACAAUUGAGAGACUGUAGAAGACAGCUGUCAUGCUUCUUGACGGGUGAAAGUCGCCAGGUAAACCACACAGGUAUGCUUGACAGAGAGGAAGAGAUGCGCAGUGUCCACAGUUUAUCAAGGUGUACCUGGACAAUUGCUGUCAUCGCUUGCUAGUCUGGAACUUGUAUAGAGAGUGUGGGAGGAGGAGGGGACUAGUUUCCCCUCUCCUCUACCCCAGCCUCCUCCCAAAUUCAACUUUGACCGCCUUCCGGAAAGCCUCUGGACCUUAUUAUACCCGCGCCCACAGCACCAGGGUCAGGUCCUUACGCCUGCUGUCCACCCGGUCAGUGCAAUGGUGGGUGGAUCCACGCGUCCUUUUCUCCAGCCCAGGGAUUGACUCUUUUACCGCACGCGCCCAGUCCAGUAUGAUUGUAAGCUGGCUGAAGCUGCUGGUUCUGCUGCUGAGCAUUCAGUUAUUUAGUGUUCCAUCAACAUCCUCAGCGUCGUCCACCUCAUCACCCGCCUCGUCGUCCGGUCGUCGAUCCGACACAAGGCCGCAGCCCACAGCAUCGAGCGCCAGGUCGUACAACUCCAGAGAUGCGAGUACAAUCCGGGCGGUGGAGGCCAACCUUCUCCGUAUCCUGGGCUUGAAAUCUCGCCCUCGACCUGUGGGAAGAGGCGACAUUCCUCCCUACAUGCUGGAGUUGUACCAAGGGCACUCGUCGGGACAGUCGAGCUUGCCGGCCAACACCGUCAGGAGUUUUCAUCAUUACGAUCAUCAUGCUGUCAGCAACGAUUGUGAUCCGAAAACUUGCAUCAGGAUGUCAUUCAAUAUCACAAACAUCCCCGAGACCGAUGUCGUCGCUGAUGCCAAGCUGCGAAUCCUUGUCAACCGUCGUGCUGCACCACGUGUCCCGCAGAGAGUUGAGAUUCACGAAAUAAUGUCCUACAAUGACGGAGUGAUAUCUCGACUUGUAGACUCAGCUACAACAGACGUUGAGGAGUCGUGGCUGUCGUUUGAUGUGCAGCCGGCGGUGGUGAAAUGGAAGCGGGGAGCUCGCUUCAACCACGGCCUAGAGAUUCGUCUCGUCUCCUCGAGCCCCAACGUGUCAUCUACCGAGCACGUGCGCUUGAGGAGAGCGGCCGACCAGACCGAAAAACAGUGGUUGAUGGAGCGCCCCCUGCUGAUCACCUACACCGAUGACGGGCGGGGCCAACCGGUGUCUCGCACGAAGCGCAGCACCGGCACCAGCAAAAAGACUGCCAGGGAUACCAAAGCCCGUCGGGAUCGCCGCAACAGGAAAAAAAAGCAGCGAAAGAGCAAACGAAAAGGAGACCGCAAUCAGUGUCGCCGCCAUCGACUGUACGUCGAUUUCCGUGAUGUGGGUUGGAACGACUGGAUUGUCGCGCCGGAGGGAUACAAUGCAUACUACUGUGAUGGAGAGUGCAACUUCCCUCUGGCCAAUCACCAGAACUCUACCAACCACGCCAUCGUGCAGACAUUGGUGAACUCCGUCAACCCGCGCGCGGUGCCCAAAGCCUGUUGCGUCCCGACCGAGCUGUCCUCCAUCUCUAUGUUAUACCUGGACGAGUGGGACAAGGUAGUCCUCAAAAACUACCAGGAUAUGGUGGUGGAAGCCUGCGGGUGCCGGUAGUGGUGGACCAUGGGAAGAUGUCGGUGGUGAUCAGUAAGCAUGGUCAACGUGAUCCGCCAGAGAGGCCGUCCGUGGCACGCUGCCUGGCACAAGAUAAACGGUAUUACCCAUAACACGUCUCUUCCCAGAAAGGAUGACACCUCACACGGACAACGCUCGGCAGGACACUCUCAUACCAGCGCCGUCAGCUGGAAGGGGAGAUGAAGAAUGCUUCAAGCAGUAGCUGUUGAAGAAGGGAAAGAUGUAAUAAUACCAGCAACCAGUAGAGGGGGGAGGGGAAGAUAGAUGGGAGGAAGGAUCCGGAGGAAGAAGGCGUUUCACAGAUGGACAGAAGAGGUGAGCAGAGUGGUGCCAGAUCCGGGUAGAACUGGUCCCAGCAAGCAGCCAUUUUUUCCCCCUGGGGACAGCUAACAGGAGGUUGCUGCCCAACCAGCUUUGUUUUCAUGUGGCAUUUCAAGUGCAAGUCUUUCGACACGACCACUGCCUUGACGCAGCCGGUCAGGAGCGUUUACAGGUCAGCUGACGUCACUGUCCCACUCUGAGACAGAAGUGCAGGACACAGACUCGGACAGAAGGUACUCAUUGUCGCACUGCCCACUACUUGAAGAAGAAAAAGGUCGCCACCGAGACAGACCUUUUGUGGAACCUGUGUUCGUGGGAAAACCUCGAAACCGGGUGUGAGGUCGGCUGUAAAGCCGAUAUAACUUCGUCUCUCAGAUGUUCUCUUGAUGGAUGUCCCUGACACUAUGGAGGCGCUUGAUCGCUUUCUACGGACAGUUCGAACAAUAUUCACAGAAACUUCUAGAAAAAAUAGGUUCUGGAAAGUAACUUGUGCUAAGAUUAGUUAUUUUUUGUUGUCUUUUUUUAGGGGGGAGAGGGACCUGACGUACGAAAGAGUUGUAAAAAUCCGCCUGCUUCAAAUUGGGUGAAAACAAAGGAAAUCACCUGGUCUGUUGCAGCAUUCGACACGAGUGAUCCAUGCCUUCACUCUUCUCCCCCCCCCCCAAUUCGUUCAGCUGUGUCCUGCUGCCUGAGUGGACUUUCUAAUAACAAUGCUGCAGGUGAUGAUGGCUUCUCGAUGCUGGAGAGUGUUUCUUAGUUCUUUAGGACAGUUCAGUGAAUUAGAACCCCUUGGAUGGGAAAUAAAUUUUAAAAUGAAACGGCGCUUAGCAAGCUUAUACAAAAGAGCUUAGAAAGAGGUCCGACUAACACAAAAAAGCAAUAAAUUCCUUCCGUUUUGAGGGCUCUUUCCACAAAGGCUUGUUAUUACUAUCGCGGACAUGCCUGCCAUCCGCAAUGGCCGCAAAAUCAAAAUCCUUGUUCUCAGGUCAGGUACGACUGUACUACAGUACAUAGCAGUAGCCUUACAGCACGAAAGUCCUUGCAAAGCUGGAUAUAUACUGAAAUUUGUUGGCGCGCGCGCACACAGAUAUAUCAUGUAAGCACGCGCUCACACGGAUCUACGUUCUGCACGUCGAGCUUGUCCAUGGCUAGGAUGUGCCUCUUCUCUCACUCACCUGAAACUUCUCACACAGGAAUGUCGCAUGAGACAUCUCCAGCUCAACGACAUACCUCCGUCUGCUCGUCUGCUAUCUCUGCAACAGUUAUCGCCCUCAUCUUGUACUGUCGGUGACGUCACGCCACAUUCUGGUGGAAGCGGAAGCAUGACUGAUAUCUGAAUAUCUGAACCAUAAGGAACGUUAAUACACGAAGAUGGUCGACAAAGAGGAAGAUGUUUUUAAAGAGUGUAACUAGCUCUUGCAUGUUGUUGAUCCAAACACUAGUGGACAAGGCUAGAGUUUCCGGUGAUACAGAGUGGUCAAACAUCUGGACAGGACCCCAGAGUAGCGAGUGACGAUUAGACACUCGGGGUAUAAGAAGCAAACAGCAAGAUAAAGAGUGCAGAAGAUAGAGGACAUGCGAGGUUCAAGCAAACACUUGUACAGGUCCUGGACAAGAAUGGCUUACGUACAAUAAACCAUGGAACCACUUGACCGCUACACCCACGCCGAAGGCGUCUGCUUUCUCCCCUGUCACGUGACACAACAGCUGAGAGCGCUUCACGGCUGACCAAAGGCAGCGUUCCUUGAUACCGCCGGAACUGCUCAUGUCACUCACUAACAUUGCCAAGAAAGAAAAAAUAUUUGUGAAAAUAAACGUUAGCCAGUGACACUGUACAAAAUAAUGUUUGGAGUCUACCCUUCUUUUAAAAGAAAACAGAAAUCGAUGUAUUUUCCGUCUUUUAUGUUAGGGGUCAAAGUGUCUCAGGCUGCCGUUCAGCGGGUGCAAGAUUGGCGUUUCCAACGUGUAGCGGAAUGCAUAACAGGUGCUACUUGUACAAAGAUUGUUACACUUAGACACUAAAACAAAGGAAGGCAAAUUGUAUUAUAGCCGAUCAGUUCAUUGAAGCAUAGAGAAGUGUAGGGAUCAAACACAUUAUUUUCAGUGUUCAGUUAAUGUGGGCUGUGACAGUGUAUCAAAUGAGCCAAUGACGUCUCCUGUCCACUCGCCCUUCUCCUGCCGGAAUCAUCCGCCUUUUGCUCCUUCUGUUACCCUUCCCUCCCUUCCAUCAAUUGUUUCCCUUCUGUUUAAGCCAGCGUCCCUUCUUCAUCCCUUUCGUGAUGUUCUUCUAUAUCCGUUUGCCGGGAAACUGAGAAACGCUGACCUAAACGCAAGAUGCGAACUGACAGUAGGAGGGAGGAAAAAAAACCAGAUUGUUGCAUUUCAUGUGUCCUAAGUGUACAUAGUGUGUUCCCCAUCCCCCAUGUGGACUCAGCUGUGUUUGUUAUCAAAUACCUCAAAACAGAUGCUUCUGGUCACAUUCAUGAGUGUGUGGGAUACCACGGUGGCGUGUGUUGUUUUAGCGUUGGACAGGUCGUUGGGGGGUUGGGGGUGGGGAGCUGGGCUGGCAUCUAGACGCUGUACAUGUGGGCGUUGUCGAUCGGACCAACAGGCCAGUGGCCCCUUUGGCCGUCUGCUCAGCACGAUGUAAAGCUGGGUGGUGACGGGCUUGUCGUUACAAGAGAAAUAGAUUUCGAUUGGCCUGUCCAACUGCAGGGUUCUCCGCUUGACCAUGGUUUGACAAAUGGAAACAGCGGACAGCAGAAGCCUCUAAUUAAAGCGAAUAUAAGUCAUGGAAACACAUUGAAUUUCUCCUUACACGGAAAUCCCGAGAAACAACAGUUAACAGAAGUGAAUGCCAACAUCAAGCCCAGAAGUUUAACAUUUUCCUGGCAGAAGAAACUUAAAACUGAUCGCAAAGAAUUUCUUUUUUACAAAAAUAUCAAGUGUGAGGAAAGGUGGCCUAUUAUUGCUUUAAAGGUGACAUCAGAGGACAAAAUGACCAUUACAUAUUGUUGACCGUUUUUUGUGCAUCUCUUUAUUUCAGGGAAUGUCCGUUUUCAAAAUAACUAUAAAGACAAGUGAAACACGCGGUCUAAAAUCAGUGUGUAACAUGUAUGAACAUUGUAGUGGAGACUGUUCGAUUCUAAGUUUGUUACAACAAACUGUCCUUGAAGCACGCCUAGAACUGACGGACUGACGUCCACGACCGGCGACAGGACAACUCACGGCUACCAUUACAGUUUUUUUCUUUGGCUGAUAAUGCUUUUUUAUCGGUUGCUGACAGGGUUAGAGAAUGAAACACAUAUCUUGAUGUCUGGGAAGGAUAGAGACAAAGCUGACUGCGAAGUUCUGGACCAAACUGUACGUGGGCAUUUCUUUGUUGGGUGCUGUCUUCAGCCACAGCUGUGCGUGGGUCCCGUAGUCAGGUUCGAACAUUGUUUAAGCGAGCUGUGACACAAGUUCGUUGUUUGUUUGUUUUUUUUUUAUCUUUUAGUUAAGAACUGCGAUCGCCAAUCCUGGCGUCUGCAGCCACUGCUUGGCCUUGCCCGUCAAGUCCCUUCGGUUUGUGUGUUAUCCUAAGACUUAUUUAAGAUGACAAAAGAGUUGUGAAUCUGUACAUAUAUUUAUAAAGUAUAAUUAUUUUGAAAUUGGGUGCAUUCUCGUUUCUUCGUCUGUCUUGGUUCAAGUAGAUAUGGUCGGGGAUGCUGUGGAUGUAUGAUAUCCCAUCUGCUCUGGUUAACUAGACCUGUCAGGGAUAGACAUGUAUGUAUGAUGAUUUCCCAUCUGUUCUUUGUUUAUGUAGACCUAGCUGGUCAGGGGUCGCUAUGUAUGUAUGAUGACAUCCCACCUCGUCGUUUUUGUAAUGGCUACGAUGAGAUGCGAACCGCAGUGUAAUGAAUCGUUGAAUAUGAUGUAAUUUUUUCUAUGUUCUAUUAUUAAUGAAAGAAAUGAAUACAAAAAAGUGA